GUGUUAAUCGCCCUCCACAGCAGUAGGCAGAAUUCUCCUCACUGUACAGGUUUCCUAGAAGCACCAAGUAGUGUAGUACUUAAUGCUAAAGAUUACAGCAAUCUAACAAAUACUUGUAAGAUCCCUAAAUAGAUUUGUGUGUCUCCUGAAAUAAACAGCAAAAACACACACUGUCAAUAUGAGGAGAAAGAAAUUUCAUCUAGACUUUGAAAUGACAGGCAUAAAUGGCCAGAAAUAUGAUUUCAAAUUUGACCCAAUUGAAAAGAUAACUCCUCCCAGCCAUCACCAUCAAACCUAUGAAGAUAACAACAACUCAUAGUCACAUAUUAUUGCUGCUGCUGUUAGUCCCAUAUAACACAGUUGUUUGUUGCGUAUGGGAGUCAGUUGUUCUGAUUCAACCAGGAAACUCUGCUCCUUUUCCCUUUAGUAGACUUGCGAGGCAGAGAGAGCGAGAGAUAGAAAGGAAAGUUCAUAAUAAUAACAGAGAUGAAAUUUCAGUACUCUAGCAGCUGGCAAUCUGUUCCUGAACAGCCAUUUUCAGCCCCUUUGCAGGAAGCAGACUUUCCCGCCUCUGCCUCUGCCGCAUUUCAGGGAGAUGAAUGUUUCCCAUUUGCAUGGCCGGAAAACUACUGCGAUGUCGGCAGCCAAGAAUCCAUCGAAGAAAAAGCUGCUUCCAGUUCAAGGAGCCAUAAACAAGCUGAGAAGCGCCGAAGAGACAGAAUCAACACACAACUUGGCGUUCUCAGGAAACUCAUCCCUAAUUCCGACAAAAUGGACAAGGCGGCGCUGCUGGGGAGCGCGAUCGAACAGGUGAAAGAGCUGAAGAGGGAAGCGAAAGAAGCAGUGGAGAGAAACCUAACCAUUCCAUCCGAAGUGGACGAGAUCUCCGUCGACGUUUGCCAGGAUGCCGGCGCCGGCCUGCUGAUAAGAGUGAGCGUCUCGUGCGAGGACAGGCCGGAGGUGAUGUCGGAGCUCAUACGUGUCGUGAGAGGGCAGAGGCUGGAGAUUGUGAGGGCCGACAUAACAAGCGUCGGAGGGAGAAUCAAAAGCGUCCUUAUACUGUCCAAAAACGGCGGAAUUGGGGGAAGUCAGGGGAAAGUGUGUGUGAUGGCGAUAAAGCAUUCGCUCAACGUCGUACUAAGCAGAAUCGCGGCGGCUUCGGUGCCGACGAGCUACCGUAUCAGGAGCAAGCGGCAGAGGUUCUUUCAGGCCGCCGAGUGAAUUGACAUUACGGGUCUCUUCUUCUUUUUUCUCUUCUUUGGAACCUCUUCCGCCGUGAAUUGAGGUCCGAGUCAGCAAAAUCAAAAGCAUGCGCUAGAGAAAGUCGAUUACUGUUUCAGUUUUUGUAAACUGGCGAGUGGCUGUCGCUAGCGAGCUACGUGGCUCCCUCUUUGGCAUAUCUUACCCACGUUAAUACGAAUUCAUUUUCUUCGCAUUACCUC